AUGAGGAGAAGGAAUGAAAGGCAUGACUCCUCAAGAUCCACUAGCUUCCGCCAUGGUCAAGGUCCUUAUGACCGUGAUACCACAUCGUCUUGGCGUGUCAAAAGGAGGGAACAGGAUGUUACUGCCUCUACUAUGGAAUGUGGCGCAGCUAGCGGUGAUUCGGUGGUUCCAUCGAAACAUGACGUAGCUAGUGUUCAGAUGGAAAAAGACAGUUUGAACACUCAACCUAACUGUGAUGUUAUUCCAUCAAGUGAUUUGGGACAGAGUAAGCGGCUGGCAAGUACCAUAGUAUCGCCUGCAUUGAGACUGAGUAUGGAGGGUAACGUUACACUGAGGAACAAGAGUGUGCAAAAGCCACUUACAUUUGCUUCACAUGAGUCUCCGCCUGAGGCUGGUGAGAGACAAGUCAUUGGGGCGCUAUCGGACAUGGAGGUACAACAUGAGGAUGGAGUUGAUGAUCAGUUGCUGGCUGGGGAUGAUCUUUUUGACGAGGAAUUAAAGGAUUUGGAGGAUAAGUCACACUCUCCUGAAAUUGGGAGCAAGUGA